AGGGGUGGGGGAUUUGUAAUGCACCUCCCAUAAAACAUGACUGUAAUGCAAUGCAGCACUUAGUUCCCAGAGAACCAGUUCGACACGUGACAUCGAGUCAAAAACAACAGGGAGUCCAAUUUUCGCGCGCAAAUGCGCUGUAGCAUUGUUAGAACGACCUGCUAAAUUCACGUAUGUUGCACGAUCUGGAAUAAGACGUACGGACCUUUUCAGAACAGACAAUCUAACAGCUGAAUCGGAACGGGUGACUUCACUGGAACAGUGACUGGAGAACAGGUUGACUGGGAUCUUUGUCUUCAUGGCGUUACUCCAGCACCAAACCUGCAAAUCAACGUACCGUACUUGAAUUGGUUGUUGGCAGUUAUUCUUACGUGACUCUUCACUCCUUGUUCCAUGUACCAGAGGUAGGGAGAACUAUACAAGCACAUCUUGUGUUCAAGUAUCCGGAGCUGAUAUCUGGUAACCUACGGGACCUGAGGAUGCCACUGCAAAAUAGGAGUGGGAAAGGCAGCUCUAGGGGGAGUUCAUCGCAGCUGGAAAGGGGGGAAGGGUAUAUUGAAGAGAGGCGAGAGGGUAUUAUGGCAAAUCAUGUUACCGAGAAUGUCUGUGAAUAGGUGCUAACAGACUACAAAGGAGACACAGCGAUGAAACCAUAAAACAACAUGGCAGUGACAGCUCAAAGACGUCUCCUUGCUCUCAGUCAAAUGUAAGAUUUGACCAUACACCAUUCAUUACUCCGAGAUUGACUCCAAUACUGAAUCCUUUGUUGCACCCUCGAGCAGUAUCACCUGCAAAAUGGAGAUUCCUGUCUGUGAUUUUGACGUAAUGCGGGCCGAAUACAGCCAGGUAUUAACUAACUCCGGUGAAGUGAAAUUACAGGAUUCACUGAAUAUUCACACCACUAGAGGAACAGUUUUUCCAUCCGUGAAACAGGAGCCCCUGGAUCACAGAACUGAACCCAAUAUAUCGUGCAUCUCUGAGCAUGUAUCUCCAGAUGCAUUCGCAGCACCAACCAUAGAAUCGUCUUUGGUGACAGAUGAGAAUAUCAAACAGGAAUAUCUGGACGCUGAUUCCUGGAAAUCUCCAGAAAUGUCUCCGACUGAAUGUACACCAACUAUCUGCAUCAAGGAAGAGACGGCUGUUAGGGGGUUUGAGCUUGAAAGUUGUGAAAGAAAAUUGAUGUUAGGGGGUUACACUUCAGAACCUUGCAAUGGGAAAUCCACUGUUGCACAUUGGAAUUCACAAGAAACUUUGAAUUUAGUUGUGAAAGUUGAGAGGUUGUCAUCAGAUAUGAUUAAACAACAUUAUAAGGACGCCACUGUGAUGAAGUCUGAGCUUACAGAGAGUCUGAAUGGAUUUGAUCGUAAAAUCCAGAGGGAUUUGCAAAUGGCUGACUGCGCUGCCCGAGAGGAAUUGUCUCCACAUCCUGAAAAAGAUGAAUUGAGAUCUGCACAGGCAUGUGUUAAGAGCCUCAGCGUGGAGACUUCUCGGUCUGAAAGCGAAAAAACAGUAACAGAAGAGCAGAUUGCCAGAAGAACCAGUGGACGUGGGCAUCUGAAACGGCGUUCUAGACCACAGUUCCUAAGGGAAACGCCUGAUGAAGAAGAGACUGAAGACUGUGAUGAAGACGGACUGGAUUCAGAUGGAUAUGUACCCGAUGAUACAGACGAUACAGACGAUGGUGACGAUGGUGAUGAUGGUGAUGAUGGUGACCCUUGCAGACCAAGAAAGCGAAAAAAAGCAGCCCUUUCCAGAACUGGAAUGCAACCAAAAAGGGCUCGCUUAGACGAGCCAUCCGCUGAAAGUGGCAAAAGCACGCUUCCUCCUGAAAGUAACGAGGAAUGUGAUUCAGGAGUAACGGAUGUUCUUGAACACAGUUCCACCAACAUGGUUGCAAGUGAACCUAUCACAGGGACUGCAACAUCUGCUCUUUCAAGGGGCAAACAAAGUGAUACUGCAUUCCGUUGUGAGCAAAAGAAACGGUACAAGGUGCCAUGGGACGAAAGUAGUGAGCAUAUGAUGAAAGGAUCAAAGUAUCUCUCUACUCUGACCUCAGAGGAGUACAAAGAGCUGAAAAGCCGACCCCCAAACUGUAGUAAGGAGACUGGUGAGCCAGUGUUCCGUGUUAGAUGUGACAUGUGCAGUUGGGCAUUCAGGGAUUUAGACAGUUUGCUGAAGCAUAUGUCAAAGAGCCAUGGCACAACUGUGGAGAAACCAUUUAAAUGUGAGAUAUGCGAUACAAUAGUGGCAGACCAAGUCCAUUUUACUGAUCAUGAAUUGGAAGGCCUGAGAUUUGUUUGCCAUAUUUGUGGCAUUUCACACGUAAACAGUGAAAGUCGGGCACGACACGCUAUUUGGGUUCAUAAUGGGGGCUACGGCUGCGAAACAUGUGGUGAAAGGUUUCGCCAUCUAAAGUCUCUUAAACAGCACCUGUUUGAUUCAGAGAAACAUGUUCCUGAGAAUAAAUGUCCCCACUGCAGCUGGAUACUGAAAUGGGCGAAUUACUUCAAGCAUGUUGACUUUCAUAUUCGGGGAUUCCCCUAUACCUGUGACAUUUGUGGUUAUGGCGCAGAGAAUAGAAACACUAUGGUUAGCCAUAAGCUAAUACACACAGGAAAGAAGGACCAAAAAUGUCCUCAUUGUGACAAAUGUUUUCUUAGUGUUGAUCGUGUCAAAUGUCACGUACGAAAAUCACAUACAAAAAGAGCAUAUAUUUGUCAUGUAUGUGGCAGGACUUUUACUGCGGAAGGAAAACUGCGAAAUCAUAUGUUUAGGCAUGGCGAGAAAAAGUUUGAGUGCGAAACAUGUGGAAGAAAGUUUGGUUCAAGGGCAAAUUUACUUAAUCACAUCAAAUUUCAUCACAAGCCACAUUCAUUUCAGUGUGAUAUUUGUGGCAAAAAGGCAGUGAGCCAGGCAUGUUUGAGGGAUCAUAUGAAAGUUCACUCGAAUGAUUUGCCAUUUGAAUGUCCAGUGUGUGGGAAAAAGUUCAAGAGGAAACAUAACAUGCAGAGCCAUCUGCGCACCCACGGAGAGGACAGGAAGUUUAAAUGUGACAUCUGUGGGGAUUGUUUUAAAUGGAAACAUAAUCUUCAAAAUCACAUGAAAACUCACCCUGAAGAAACGGGUCAUUAGAUUUUCUUCCUGACUUGAUCUGAUCAUACCACUAUUUCCUGCUUACAGUUACAUAAGCACUGACUAUGUGAAAGUAUCCAUAUGCGAUGAUCUAUACGCGCUUGUGCCCAGCUGAAACGGGAUCUGAAGGAGACCACCAGAUGUUCACGAUUGCAGACUUCUCAACUCGACUUUGCCGAGUUGGAUAUAUAUGCUGAUGAUGGCAAGUUGGCUUUUGAUUGGCACUUGACGUGUGAGACAGUUGCAAACAGCGAUUGUCUUUCAGGAUGUAGGCGAGUGUAAAAGCUGUC